UGUCUGCUCGGGUAAGUCUACCCCGACGGUAACGAACUGAGUUCCACCCUUAGAAACAAUUUUAAAUGUUGUUGCCGCUUUCUCAGUUUGCGCUUUAUUUCAUCUGAAUAAAGCAUAAAAUUUAUAUAUCAAUUUUACAUGUCAGAAGAGGGCCCCCCUCUUUGAGAUAAACCCUUAUUAUACGGAAAACCCGUGUGUGAGCGGCGUAGACAUGUCGUGUGAAGAAAGCUACUUGGCUAUCAUUCGCUAUCUGACUGAUGAGCGGGAGCCGUACGCGCCGGGGACGCCUGGAAACACCAAGAGGAAAAUACGCAAAGCAGCGGCCUGCUACGUGGUGAGGAACGGAACUCUGUUUUAUCAGAGGCGCUUGAAGGGCCAGAAUGAUUUCACAGAGCUGGAGGUGGUGCUGCAGGACGGCCGGAGGAAGGAACUCAUCAACCAGGCGCACAUCACGGAAGAAGGGGAGCAUCUGAACCAGCAACUCACCUGGGAGUGCAUCUCUCAGAAGUACUGGUGGAGAGGUAUCCAAAAGCAUGUGAAAGACUACAUCAGAGAGUGCACUCAGUGUCUGAGCAGGAGGACGACUGAUGACGGUUCUGGACCUCGACUCUAUUCCCAGGGGAGGAGACACAAAGGGAAUGCCAACAUGAAUGAAGAGGACGAGGAUGAAGAAGAAGAGGACGCAGAGGAUGCUUUAGUCUUCUCUGACUCUUCCUCUCACCUGAGAUCCAAGUUGUCCAAAACGCCGGCCAAGCAUGAACUUGUGUUUGUGGACAGUAAGGGCGAGGUGAAUCAGUUCCUGCCCAAACAUGGUCAAACCAUAUUAGGCAAACUCAACCAGCAACGUCUCAGCAAUCAGUUCUGCGACAUCACCCUGUUGAUUGAGGGUGAGGAGUACCGAGCACACAAAGCUGUGCUGGCAGCAUGCAGCGAAUACUUCCACGAGCUCUUUUUUGAGAAGGGAGCCGCAACCACACAUGAAGCUGUGGUUGACCUCUCUGGUUUCACCAAAGCCAGCUUCCUCCCACUGCUUGACUUUGCAUACACUUCCAUGCUCACGUUUAAUUUUUGCUAUAUGGCAGAAAUUGCCAGCCUUGCCCGGCAUUUGCUGAUGACUGAGGUGCUCCAGAUUUGUGAGUCUGUACAUAAGCAGGUGGAGGAACAGAAGCUGACGGUGUAUCAAAGAGGAGACGUGCAUACUGUGGUGUCGAGCCAGCUGGCUCCUGAGGAGGGCGCCAAGGAUGAGUCUGGUGCGUACGUUGUGGCUAUAGAGACUGACGACAGUGGAGUGGUCACCCACAGUGCUGUUGCUGUAAGUGGCGAGUCCUUGGCUUUUGUUACACCUUCCAAAGAGGCUUACAUCGAGCAGCCACUGGCAGUUGUUACUGAAGCGAUAGAGGAAAGUAAAGUGCAAGGAGGGGAGGCGGGUGAUGGCGAAACAGUGACUCUGAUUGCUCACGGUGGACAUGCCGAGUCGGGAGAGACUGUCACUUUGAUCUCACGCAGUGAAGAAGGAGCAGAGGGGGAGACGAUGACUGUGGUCACCCACAGCGGACAGGCCGGAGCCAGCGAGUCCCUCGCCAUGGUGUCGGCCUGCCUGGCAAUGGAGCAGCCACAGGUCGCUGAAGCUGAAGCCUUUGUACUGAAUGUGGAGGCAGACAAAGUUAACCCCUCAGAGGUCAUCAAACUGGCAGCUGAGGCAGCAAUAUUGACUCCAGAGACGGUGGAUUCAGCGCCGACCCCUCAGAAACGCAAACGAGGUCGUCCAGCCAAGGCCAAGAAGGAGGUUGAGUUUGAGGAGUAUGUACCCAUGGAGGAGGAAGACCCUUCUGCUAACGAAGGCCUUGCAGACAAACAAGGGGCGGCGUCAGAUGACCCAAACAAAAGACGGCUUCGUCAGCGAUCUAUCGGCGAGGGUGGUUAUGCUCGUCUCCAUAUGGGGCUGGAGGGUGAAGAGGAGGUGAAGAUGAGCACAAACCUGCCUCGUGCCACAACCCCUAAGGUCGGUCCAAAGCCUGGGAAGAGAGGAAGACCACCAAAGCAACCAGCUGAGAUUCCACCUGAAGGACAGUCUGACUCUGGCGCGGAACCAGAGGCCAACGCAGUGGAGAGCAUGGUGGCUGCAGAGGUGAUCACAGAAGAGGCUGCAGCAAAGUCGACAGAGCCAGAGACUGAAAUGAGCCACGACCAGCUCCCUGCAGAGAGCAAUGCUGAUGGAGCGCACACAUGUUCUGAGUGUGGCAUGUCCUUUCAAAGACGCUACUCCCUGAUCAUGCACACUUUAAAGCAUGAAAAGUCCCGUGGAUACAAAUGCAGUCUUUGUAGUAAAGAGUUCCAGUAUGCUGCCUCGCUCCGCGCCCACCUGGCUCGGCACAAGCAGCAGAGCAGCCAGCGAACUUCCAUGGCCAUAACUGCUGCACACCAGAGCUCUGAGGCGAAGGUGGACGGCAAUUUGGAUGAUAAGACUUCAUCGACGCCCACCAGGAGAGAGUUUGUGUGCGACAUCUGCAACAAGACCUUGCCUAAGCUGUACUCUCUGCGGAUCCACAUGCUGAGUCACACGGGCGUGCGGCCUCACUCCUGUAAGGUCUGUGGGAAGACGUUCACCCACAAACACAGUCUGAAGAUGCACCGGGCACUGCAUGACGUCACCAAACAGUUCCGGUGUGAAUUCUGUUUGAAGACUUUUGUGAGCAAGAGGAACAUGGAGGAGCACACCACCCUUCACACAGGUGAAUCAAAGUACCUGUGCAACACGUGUGGAGCAACGUUUCACCGAGCCUCAGCUCUGAGCAAACACAUGAAGAAGCACCAGCCCAAACCAGACGUCCGUCCAUUCGCGUGUGCUCACUGUGAUAAGAGAUUCUAUGAAGCCAAAGAUCUCCAGCAGCACAUGAACAAGCACAUGGGCCUGAAGCCCUUCCAGUGCCAGGUGUGUGGGAAGUGCUACAGCUGGAAGAAAGAUUGGUACUCCCAUGUCAAGUCCCACAGUGUAGCUGAGCCCUUCAAGUGCAAUGUGUGUGGGAAGGAGUUCUUUGAGAAGGCUCUGUUCCGGAGACACGUCAAAAAGGCCACGCAUGGGAAGAAGGGCCGAAUCAAGCAGAACCUGGAGAGAGAGUGCGAGCAGUGUGGAAGAAAGUUCACUCAGCUCCGAGAGUACAGACGCCACAUCAACAACCACCAGGGGGUGAAGCCAUUUGAAUGUCUGACCUGUGGCGUCGCCUGGGCCGACGCCCGCUCCCUAAAGCGCCACGUCCGCACGCACACGGGAGAGCGGCCCUACGUGUGCCCCAUGUGCCAGGAGGCGCACAUCGACGCGCGCACUCUGCGUAAACACAUGGCCAAGUACCACAGUGACAACCUGCCCAGCAAGAUCAUGCUGGAAAAGGACACCCUACAGUUCCACAACCAGGGCACACAGGUGGAGCACGCCGUCAGCAUCCUGGCGUCCGACCUGCCCCCUGAGCUCCGCCCCGCACAGCAGCCGCCCGCAGAGGAAAUAGAAACAGUGCUGAUCACAGAGGAGACGAUCGAGGCAGUGGAGGCUGUUCAGGCCGCCAGCGAAGGCUCAGUGGCCACACUGUCCGAUCAGGGCAUCAUGCAGGUCGUGAACUACGUCCUAGCACAGCAGGCGCUUACGGGGACCAAAGUCGAAGAAGAAGAACCCGAGGUUAUUCAGACCAUGGAGGUGGAGGUGGCUCAUGUGGCCGAGGUCGAGUAGCUCUUUGCCAGAGAAAAAGAUUCUCUCACCAAGACUGAUCAGCAUUUGUCACAUUCUGUAUAAAGUGUAACACAGUGUAAAAAGAUGCUUAUUUUUCUGGACAUGUACAUAAUGUAAGUGAACCAUGAGCUUUGUAUUUACUCAGACCUGUAUGAUUGAUGAGCUGACAUUCACAUUCUGGUGUGUGUGAAUAGAUAAAUGGUAACAAAGAUUGUUCAUAAGCAAUGAGCUGAUGAAUUAAAGUUAGAAACAGGAAACAAGGUUUUGGCCUAAAUGUGUUUCACCUCAACACAGAAGAGCUGAGGUGUUUCGUUCUAUUAAAGCUCACAGCAUGUACUCCCUCCUGGUGUCAGUUUGAAGAAUGAGCAAAUUAAACAAAGUGCUUUAUGUUUA